UCAUCAGUUAAUCGGUUACGUUCGCUCGGUGCACCUCUAGCUUCCCCAGAUUCAGUGACCCCCAGUGAAGAUGAAACCCUUUGCAUUUAUCGUUGUGGCUGCUCUCAGCCUGGUUGUGGUCAGUGGACGCCCGGGUGCCCAGUAUCUGCCACCUUUGCCGGUUAAGGAGGUGUCCGCAGCGCAGAGCUUCCAGCAAUUGGUGCAGACCCAGCUCCAGCAGCACAUCCAGUCGCAAAUCCAUCCCCAAGUGGAGUCCAUUCAGGCCUCGGUUCCGCUGGCUAGCUUCACCAUCCAGUCGAGUGGACAGCAGCAAUAUCAGAGUGCCCCAGCCCCAGCUCCAGCUCCAGUUUCCAUUCCAGCACCUGCUCCAGUGGUAAACUCCGCUCCAGCUCCCGCCCCUGCUCCCGUGGAGGUUCAACAGCCGGCUCCUCAGGUGAUCUAUGAGGCACCCAAGCCAGUGAUUGCCACCCAGACGGCGGCGAAGAACGCCUAUCUGCCACCCGCUCCCGUCCAGCAAUUUGUGCCCGCUCCGGAGCCAGUGGUUGCGAACAUUGCACCACAGCAGGAGACCAUCACGACCACUUACAACGCCCCAGCUGCCGCUCCUGUUCCAGCACCCGCACCAAUUGCCAUUCCAGUUCCUGCAGUGCAGGAACAGCACCAAGUGAUCCAGCAGACCUACUCCGUUCCAGCUCCUGCUCCCGCGGUCCAGCAGAGCUACUCCGCUCCGGCUCCCGCUCCAGUGGUUCAGCAAACAUACUCCGCACCAGCACCAGUUGUACAGGAACAGACCUACACCGCUGCCGCUCCUGUGCAGGCCGUGCAGCAGCUGACUUAUUCAGCUCCCGCUCCAGUGACCCAGGAACAAUACUACAGCGCUCCGGCUUCUGUGGUUCAGCAGACUUCCUCCGCUCCUGCUCCUGCUCCAGCACCAGUUCAGGAACAAUUCUAUAGUGCUCCUGCCCCAGCCAUUCAGCAGACUUACUCUGCUCCAGCUCCUGCUCCUGUCGUUCAGCAGACCUACUCCGCCCCUGCUCCGGCACCGCAGCAGACUUACUCCGCUCCAGCUCCAGCAGUCCAGGAGCAAACUCAGGUGGUUCAGAGCUACAGUGCUCCGGCUCCCGCUCCAGUUGCUCAGCAGACCUAUUCCUAUCCAGCUCCAGUGGUCCAGCAAGCGCCAGUGGUUCAGGCAGUGGCUCAGCAAGCACCUGUGGUUCAGCAGAGCUACUCCGCUCCGGCUCCCGCUCCAGUGGUUCAGCAAACAUACUCCGCUCCAGCCCCUGUGGUUCAAGAGACCAUUCAGCAAGCCCCUGUUAUCCAGCAGGCUCCUGUGGUUCAGCAGAGCUACUCCGCUCCAGCUCCCGCUCCUGUGGUUCAGCAGAGCUACUCAGCUCCAGCUCCUGUGGUUCAAGAGACCAUUCAGCAAGCCCCUGUUAUCCAGCAGGCUCCUGUGGUUCAGCAGAGCUACUCCGCUCCAGCUCCUGUGGUUCAAGAGACCAUUCAGCAAGCCCCUGUUAUCCAGCAGGCUCCUGUGGUUCAGCAGAGCUACUCCGCUCCGGCUCCCGCUCCUGUGGUUCAACAGAGCUACUCCGCUCCAGCUCCCGCUCCAGUGGUUCAAGAGAGCAUUCAGCAGGCUCCUGUGAUUCAGCAGAGUUACACCGCUCCUGCUCCCGUUUCCAUUCCUGAGCCCGUGCAGCAGAUUGUGCAGCAGCCGCAGUACAGUGGUUACUCCUACCAGACUCCUCAGCAAGCUCCAGCUCCGAUUCAGCAGUCCCUUCCUGCUCCAGCACCCGUGGUGAUCUCGGCUCCUGCUCCAGCUCCAGCUCCUGCUCCAGUUCAACUGCAGCAGUCCUUUGUGCCAGCACCACCAGCUCCCAUCCAAAUCCAACAGCCAGCCCAACCCAUUGUACAGUACUCACCACCAGUGGUGCAACAGCAGGUGACCUACACCCAGCCCGCUCCUGCUCCAAUUCAAGUUGCCGCUGCAGCUCCCGUUGCGGUUUCCGCUCCCGCAGAGAUCGGAACCAACUACGCCGCCAAUGGUGGUUACCUGUACUAGGAUGCCUGUGAACGGACCCCAGCGGAGGUCCGAACUCGCAUCAAGUUGGGUGUUCAACGAUUUAGCUGAACUUAGUGUUACGUAGCCAAUUUCUAGCACCUUAUAAUUUUGUUAAUCAAUAAAUUGUUUUUGUUUUAU